ACUUUUUACUGUAAGAAAAUUAAAUUAUUAUUCAACCGUGACAAUGAAAGUGUGUGAUUCUGGUGCGAGUUAUCAUCUUUUUUUUAUCGAACAUUGUUUGUUCAAUAUGAACAAUUCAUAUUGGGAGUCUUUUUUGACGACUUCGGCACUGGGUCGAUCUAUUCAUAUUGCGAGCAAUCUACUGUGAGGCGGCGGGCUUCGAUGGCGGCCCGCCGCCUGGUGCUCAACGGGCUGACCGCCGAGGUGGCCGCGGGCCGACCGCCCGAAGCCACCGGUCCACCUUCGCCCGAGUUCUACCACGAGUUGGAACUGUACCGCCAAUUGCUUGCGCUGCCGGCACGACGGUGCCGCACGCCAGAUCCGCCGCCGCCACCGCCCGCACCACGCUGCGCUUCCGCGGGUCCCCCUGACCCAGAUAGCGCUCCACUUCGCCCCACGGCUCAGUCCGCGCCUUCCGAUCGCUUUUUGGCUACCACUAAACCGGUUCGGUAUUUGGGCUCGUUUCCGGCGGCGGGUGGCGAAGCAGAUCGGGUGGAAGCAGUCACGAAGAGAUUGCAACACAUGAAGCCGGGCAGUGCCGCUGCCGUCGGUCAGCCUGUGGUGGCUGCCGUGGUGGAGGUGGGCGAGUGGGGUGUGCGCGUGCGUGGUGCUGGGCUGCGCAUGAGUCACGCGCUGCGUCGCAUCUCCUUCGCCACAUGUGACGCGCCGCGGGCGCUCUUCGCCUUCGUCGCACGUGAACCCCGGGAUCGCGCCCAUGCGCACUACUGCCACGCCUUCGAAACCGAGCAUCCGCACCAGGCGGAGGAGCUGAACGCGCUAGUGGGAGAUGCGUUCCGCAUGGCGUUCGCCUCGCAGCUUCAACCCUCAGCUCCACUUUGGAGCAAGGAGGUAAGCGGUGGGCCGCGCGCUCCCGACUCGCUGCCGGCCCUGCCGCACCACUACCCGCGCUGCCUCAGCAGAUCUCCCGCACGAUGCGACCCAACGGGCGGCGACACCGCAGAGGGCUCGGUGAGCGAGGGCAGCGAGGGCAGCGAGGCGAGCGAGGGCAGCCCCAGCUCCUCCGAAGACUGGGUCUCCGGGGGCGACCCGAGCCGCUAUCGUCGCCUGGCCGAGCGCCCGCCUCUCAUGAAGCGACUGGCCCUCGGGCUCAGCGGGGCGCUGCUGCAGCCGUCGGACGACGACGCCACUCCUCUCGUCACCGACACGCCCACCACGCCGACUAACGUGCCUCUGUGCCUGAACGGAGGCUACAUCAACGAGGCCACCGAGGCGGCCCGCCGAGCCGCUUCCGGGAGAGCCCUGGAGUUCCGCAGAGGGGACGCUCUCGCUAACGGUCGCGGCGGAGGCAGCGCAGCCGCAUCUUCGUCUUCGGGAGAGUCAUCGGGAGGAGCGUCGCGCGAGUCCCGGGAGUCGCGGGGCUCCGGGAACAAUAACUUCCGGCCGAUAGAACCGGAACUGAAGAAUGCGCCGUGGUUCCAGCAGGGAAUACCCAGAGAGAUCGCGCUGGAGGUGCUGAGCGCGCAGGCGCCGGGGGCGUUCCUGGUUCGCGGCAGCACCACGCAGGCGGAGUGCCUGGCGCUCUCGCUGCGGGUGCCGCGGGACUUCGCCGCGCACGGUAUCGCGCACUAUCUCAUUCUGCGCACCGCCAAGGGCUACAAGAUAAAGGGCUUCACGAAGGAGUUCGGUUCGCUGGCGGCGCUCGUCACCCACCACAGCGUGAUGCCCGAGCUGCUGCCGGUGCCGCUGCGGCUGCCGCGCGCCCCGCCCCGGCCCCGCGCCGACCUCGAGCCUCUCGAGCGCCUCGCGCCCCCGCCCUCACCGCACCCCGCGCCGCCCGCCCCGCCCGCCCCGCCCGUCAGGUGCGCCAACAUUCUGUAGGGGACGUGAUAGUCGAGCAUAAGUAGCUAAUUAUUAUAAUUAAUACUCUAGUUCGUCAACGGUGAUCUAUUUAAUGUAACUAGAUUUUUAACUUUGUUCGAAGCUUUUCCUGAGAGGAGAACCGAGAACCGAGAGCUCUGUUACGAAACGUGAUCGCGAAGUGCAUUAAUCGUUGCCUGAUAAUAUAUAUAUUAUGUUAGUUUUAAAAUAUAAUUAAAUUUUGGCAAAUUCUAUAAUUAAUAUCAAAAUUAUGUAGUCGUUGCGAAGUCGAGAUAGGUUUUAUAUUGAUAAUGUGAUAUUGAUAGGAUGUAUAAAAAUAUGUGUAAAAUGUAUGUGUUUGUGAGUGUAGGGAUUUGUGUCAUAUUUUUUACUUACUUAUUAUAGCUUUCUUACGGAGAGGUCGACGAAGAUUCAAAUUCAACCGAGUAAAAAGAAGUUCGCAUUUCACCUCAUUCAGUGAAUAACAAAAGAUCAUUUAGUCUAGUCUUGAUUUUUAUUAACAGUUUCAUAUAAUAUUAUUUCCUUGUUUUGUUUCGAUUACAUUCAGGUCCUCUUUGGUGCUUUUCAAAUCCAAUUGUUUAAAACCUCAAUAAUGAUUUGGAGAAGAGUUAUAAUUGAAAAUAAUUUAUGAAACAUCGUAAACUCCAAAUCUACUUCACCUCGAUUUUGCUCAUCUGAUUUCUAGUCUUGUAAGGUCAAUAGGGCAAUACGACUACAGCCUCAGUACGAAAUAACGACGAAUUUGCUUAAUAUUCGUGCUAUUUACCGUAACUUGUAUUCCGAAAACAACACUGUAUAAGCUAAACGUAGUUGUCAGUCGUUAAUUUAUUCAUACGUAAAUAAAAUUAGUACCAAAUA